AGAACAAAGAGAUGGCAAGAGAAGGGGAAGCUCUUCUUCUGUGUGUCUGUGUGUAGAAGCUCUCUAAACAUUCUUCGGCAGCAUCAAUGGCGGCAGAAUCAUCUCGCAAUAGCGCUAAACGCCCCUUAAUGGAAGAAGACGACGAAUUCAGCAAAAAGCCACCAGCAAAAAGGGUUAGGUUUCCAAAGGGUAAGAAAGUGAAGUCAGGAGAUGAAGUGUUGGAAAAAGAAAAUGUUGAGGACGGUGGAGUUGACUUGACGAAUCCUCAAAUUGCUGCAAAAGCUGCCAAAGAACGGGCAAAACAAAGAAAUCAAAUUACUGCUGAACUCUUUAGUGAGGACACUGGAGGUAUCCUAAAUAACUUAUCGGCUGCUGAAAUGAGAUAUGAGGAUAACGAGAAUUUUGUUGAUGAUGGGAUUCAAAUUGAGCCUUUCAACCUAGAUAAAGAAAGGGAAGAAGGUUAUUUUGAUGCAGCAGGAAAUUUUGUUGAAUAUGUAAGAGAGAACGAGAUUAAGGAUGCGUGGCUUGAUAAUAUUGAAGUUGAUCCAAAAUAUGCUGCAUUAAGCUCUGUAGCAACAAAGGAAGAAGAUGAGGUCACAGAGCUUUCUUCUAAAGAUAUUGGAGCCAUGAAGAGGCGCAUUGCAAAUGUUCUAGAACCUGGAGAAACGGUCCUGCAAGCCUUGAGAAGGUUAAAAGGAAAUAGUGACAGAAAGGCAAAAAUGUCUGCUGAGACUAAGAUUGUAUUUGACCAGCUUACUGAGGAUGCUAUGAAGCUGAUGGAGAAUGGUGAAUACAAUGUUUAUCAUGAAAAGCAAGAGGUUUUUAAUCGUGAAGCAGAAGGAUAUGAGAAGUUAGCCAGGGCAAAAGAAGGCACAUCCCUGCACUCAGGUGAAGGGCAUUCUUAUCUGAAUGGAGAGGGAAACUUGCUCUCUGGUGGUCUGGAUUCAGGUGUGGUCCCUGCCAGACUACUUGCCACUGACACAGGCACUUCAAAUCAACAUUUGGCUAGUGCAGAAGCCUCUGGCAAUGGUGCAGAUGAUUAUGAUAUGUUUGCUGAUGAUGAGCAUGAUGCCAGUAAGCCAUCUACAGAUGAAAAUAAGGGAGUUAGUCAAUCUUCAUCAGGUGCCAUAAAUUCUAGUUCUGAGGGCGGAGCAUCGCAGAACGAUUAUGUGUAUGAUGAAUCUUCUGGGUACUAUUACAGCAGCAGUUUGGGCUAUUAUUAUGAUCCGAAUACAGGGCUCUAUUGCUCUGCAGCAUCAGGGCAAUGGUACUCGUUUAACGAGGAGACUAACACGUAUGAAGAAGUUCAUGAGGUUGCAUCCAAUGCAAGUUGAGGGACUUUUUCAGCGGAGAAUAGGCUAUUUAUAGCAUAGCCACAAUCAUUUUCUAUCAGUGACUUAUGUACAGACCAAAACACUUUUGAUCAUUUUGCACUUUACGAGGGACUUUCUUCUUAGUUAGGUGCUACUGCUUGCAAUUGUUGUGCUUUUAUCUCUUUAAGGUUGCUGUCAUAUAGUAGCUUAAACACUUAAAGUAAAAAACACUUAGAACGGUCCCUUAGAAGUUUUACUCAUACCGAUUUGUAAGUCAUAUGUAGUUUUGCCCUCAAAUUGCAAAUCACUUUGCUUGUGCUAUAAGAUAGUUAUUUUUUGGCGUCAAAUUAGCAUUGCCAAUGCGUUGCAAUGAGUACUAGUCAUUGUUUGUUCGUAAAAGAUAUUUUUACGCCACAAGAUGAUAUUCUGUAAUAUGUAUGUCAUAAUUCUUUCAUUC